AUGGGUGAUACAGGCAAUAGCCUGUUGAAAGAACUUGAAAAGGAAUAUUGUCCUCCUCUGGAUUCAGCUUUGUUCACCGCUAUCGUCUCCGACUAUGACUUGGAAGACCCUGCACAGGUCCAGCAACUCCGCGACGCCCUGGACACCUUGAAAUUAUCAGCAUGGGAACAGGAAGAUCUACCCUUCGAUCCAUCCGGAACCAGCGGACUGAGUCCUGGCACUACCGGUGACGCAGAUGGCAUUCUGUCGGAGCGCAGCGGCUCGCAAAACGGCACUGCCCCGUCGCGCGAAACAGAUAUCACCAGUCUCGCGUCCGACUUCUCCUCCGUUGGUCUGGAUGACAGGCGCACGAGGAGUCAGGGCGGAAGCAAUUCUUUGCGCUACACGAUCGGCCCUGACGGGUCGCUGUCGCUCUCUGGCGCCUCUGAGGAUGACAAAGUUGGUUAUCUGACAGAUAUGUUUCCCUCUGUGGAUCGCUUUACCGUGCAGCAUUCGCUUAGGAAGUCUGCCGGUGAUAUUGAUCGCGCCAUGGACGUGCUCUUGAACAUUGCUUUCUUUGAUGAGCAGUAUGAAGAUGAAGACGGAACUAAGCUUGCCAUUCCAAAGGGCAUCGAUGGCUUUGGCGAGUGUCCCAAUGGAGACACUGGGCGAAAGAAGAAUCGCAAGCGCAAGGGAAAGAAUAAGAAUAACCCGGCCCAGGGACUAUCUUCUCCGUCAGCCUCAGGAUACAUGCAGGAUGAGAAUCUUCCGCUGAACAAAUGGGACGCUGGUCAGAAAGAUAUCGAGUUCAUCUGUUCUAGGACUUUGCCUGUCCUGAAGAAGGAGGCUGUUACUUCUGCUUAUCAUGCUAACGGAGCCUCACUGCCACUAACGGUUCGAUCUCUUGCGAUGGCACAUGCGCCUGAGGAAAACCAUAUCAAUGCGCACCCCGUAAUGCUUGCACAAGUUGCAGAAUUGACGCAAGAAUUUCCCUCUGUUGCGCCAACACUACUUGGUGGGCUACUGAAAAUCACUCGCGAUUCAACAUCUGCCGCGGGUGAGCUGGCAGUCGCCAUGCUUACCCGUCCAGCGGCCAGUUCUGUGUCUAACUUGAUCAAGAUCACCACUGCGCCUCCACCAUUGGACCUCGGUGAUGAUGAGCCCAAGAGGUCUUCUGUGGAGUCGCGGGUCCUUCGUCACGAUACCGCUCGGGUUACCGCUGGCGACCACUUUGUGGCCAGUGCAGAGGCUUUCCACAAAGCCUCAGCAGCUUACCGUCGCGGAAAAUCAGACAAAUUAAUGGGCGGAGCCGCUGCUUACUACUCCUCGGUGGGACGAGACCAUCUUGAGCGGGCAAAGCGGGAGGCUGCCGCGGCGGCCGAUGCUUUAGUCGACUCGCAAUCAACCUCGAAUUCACUGGACCUGCACGGUGUCUCGGUCCAGGAUGCCGUUCGCAUCGCCAGUUCGCGCGUCGCCGAAUGGUGGGACUCUCUUGGCGAUGCGAAAUACAUGCGGGGCGGCGAAGCAGCGCGAUCAGGCUUUCGCAUCAUCACCGGAGUCGGACGCCACAGUCACGAUGGAACGUCUCGUCUGGGGCCGGCUGUUGGUAAAAUGCUGGCCAGGGAAGGAUGGAGAGUAGAAGUCGGUGAGGGUGUUUUGACAGUGACCGGUGUUGUUCGACGUCGUUGA